AUCCGCGCUGCGUUGAGCGAGCGACAGUCAGUUCGGCGCCGACAGCCAUCACGCGUACACGUUUAUCUAGUAAAAUGGCCGCUGCCCACACGCACUCGGCCCCCGCACCCUCCGAACGUCGCCCUGAGGGCCGCGCUGGUUCCCGCCGUAUAUUCCCACCACAAUUCAAGCUACAAGUUCUCGAUGCGUAUAGACGAGACGCCCAAUGUCGAGGAAACCAACGUGCCACAGCGAGAAAAUUUGGUAUUCACCGCCGGCAAAUCCAAAAAUGGCUACAAGCUGAACCGGCUCUACGAGCAGCUCUUUUGAGAAGAGCCCCACAACCUGCGCCUUCGCCACCGCCAUACUCUGUCGGAUCACCAGAGAGCGCCCGAUUGCCUUCUCCACCACCAGCAGUUCUACCUACAUCUGUGCAAGUGCCUACGCCAAUUGCAGCUCCUGUUCCAAUUACGUUCACGGCGGAGCCCAUUGAUCUAUCCGUGAAACGGCUUUCACCGCCUCCUGCACCGAUUCCGUCCUACGCUCCGCGUGCACCAUUCGUACAGGAACCCACGCGAAAGCCAUUCAAGUUGUUUAGACCGUAUCUAUUAGAAGACGAUGAAGAGAAAAGACCAGCUAUUGCAUCCCUGCCAGUGACGAAUGGCGUUCACGUGUCGGCGUUUGUGCCCGUACAAAGUGCGGCUGGAUGCGCGCUCGCCGCGUGCUCAGCGCCGCAUUGGUGCGCGCCCGGUCCCGCUUACCAAACUCCUCUGAGAUGAGACCAUUCUGCCGGGGUUCUACCCCAAUUCAUCUGUGAUCUAGUCGCCGAAGACGCCCUACUGGCGCCGCCCGGGGCGUAGCCCUCCAUCACCGUGCCUUAAUUAAUAUUAAUAUAAAAUGUCGCCAUAGUGCUUUACGCCGUCGUCUCGAGACGACUGCUUAUUUUUGUGUAUAAAAUUAUUCUAGAUUUAGGUUAGAUUUAAGAUAAAAAUGUAUUUUUAUAUGUGGGAUUUAUAAAGUAUACCUACAUUAUUGAAGAUUG